AUGGCGACGAGCGUGGAUGCAAAGCUGCUGAAGCAGACCAAAUUCCCUCCGGAAUUCAGCCGGAAGGUGGAUAUGAAUAAGGUUAAUAUCGAGGUGAUGAAGAAAUGGAUCGCUGGAAAGAUUUCCGAGAUUCUGGGAAACGAAGAUGAUGUGGUGAUUGAGUUGUGCUUUAACCUUUUGGAAGGGUCGCGGUUUCCCGAUAUCAAAUCCCUUCAGAUCCAGCUCACCGGGUUCCUGGAUAGAGAUACGGCCAAGUUUUGCAAGGAGUUGUGGUCGCUGUGUCUGAGUGCCCAGGAAAAUCCCCAGGGCGUGCCCAAGGAGUUGCUUGAGGCUAAGAAACUGGAGCUUAUACAAGAGAAGAUCGAGGCGGAAAAGGCCGCGGAGGAAGCCCGCAAACAGAAAGAACAAGAGCGCGCACGCGAGCGAGAGCUGGAAGACCUUCGACGCAGAGAGCGCUCUGAGCGCACAAGGGGAGGAAGACGAGGCGCCGGGACCGGUUUCGAGGCCCGCCUGGCCGACGAGAGUUUGACUCCUACGUGCCCGCGGGCUCUCGUCGAGGCCGUCGGCCUUCUCGAUCCCCAAGCCGCUCUCGUUCGCGCUCCGUGUCUUCCUCUCGGUCACCACCCCCAGCUCGUCGACAGCGCCCCCCUGCCAAUGACCGACCCAGACGACGUCGAUCGGUUAGCGGCUCUGUGUCCCCGGACCGUGGAGAUCGCAGACGGCCCAGGCGACGCAGUCCUGAUUACGGUGAUCGUGCUAGAUCCGUUUCCCGCAGUGAAUCAUCACGCUCACGCAGUCCCAGAAGAGACCGACGGAGACGGAGAUCCGUUUCCUCGCGCAGUCCAUCACGUUCACCUGUCUACAGAGAUCGGCGGAGAAGAAGAGGCUCGUCUGAACCGAGGUCCCGUUCGAGGUCGCAAGGGUCGGAUGGCCCGCAAGUCCCGUGACGACCACCGCUUGAGUCGCAGCAGAGAUCGCGACCACACCCGCAGACGACGCCGGUUUCCGUCCCGGAGUGUCAGUCGCAGCCGCAGUCGCAGUCGAGGUCGAUCCGCCAGCCAGGAUUCGCGCAGUCCUAGUCGCAGUCGCAGUCGUGGCGAUCGCAAGCGACGCCGGUCCAUUGAGAGAUAUGCCCCGGUUGCUCGGAGACGACGCAACACGUCCUCCGUAUCCGUUCCCAGUGACAAACGCAAGAGAAUGGCUGAUGAAGACGAGGAAGCCAAACGUUCAUCCCCACGACCUGACAAGCCGAGCUCGAGCGACCAAGAGAUGAAGGAUGCCACUGAGCCUGGCCCAUCAUCCCUUCCUGCCCAUCCACGCAUCAUCAACUCCGGACUACGCGAGAGACUUCUCCGCGAGAAGAUAGUCGCGAUGCGCCGCACCGCCUCGACCGACCAGGUAGGUAGCACCUGGACAUCGCAGUAA